UGCACCACAUGGUGCCAACAUAGUGAGGAAAGUACCUCCCUCUCUCUUUACCAGAAAACACUGGGUUUGUUUAGUUGUAGGUACAGGACAGUUUAACUGAGCACAUUUGUUUCAGCAGUGUUGAGAGCGGGGUGUCUCGAUAAAUCAUCCAGCAGGGACUCAUUGAAUUUCAAGGAGAAAAAUUGGUGCUUGGGAGAGGAGAUACCGAAGCCUUUAGGGAGCAGAGGAGGUGCAGUGCAGGGAGACAAAGUGAGACGGGGUUAACAAAGGGAGCCAUGGAGGAGAGAGAGCACUACAGCAACCUGCAGGAGUUCACCGAGGAUUACACACCUGGAGGGGUCAGGCUCAAUCUUCAACACGACGACGGCUCCCCGGGAUGGAAGCGGGGCGUUGAGUGUGUGAAGAGUCGCUCUACUCUCCUGAUGCGCAUUGGCUUCUUGGCCUCCAUUUGCACCAACAUUGCGCUCAGUGUGCUCCUGAUUACCAGGUCGGUGCCAGGCGCCCCCCUGGACUCCUCCUCUCUGGGUUUUAAACUGACCUCGGUGCAGAGACGUUACCUUGAUCUGUGUGACGACUACAGCGCCCUGGGGCAGAGCUGUUUAAAGACAGUUAAGCAGUGCAGGGAGUGUCCUGAAGGAUGGCUUCAUGUCGGGGAUCAGUGUUACUACUUCAGCCGCAACAAGCUGGACUGGCUGAAGAGCAGAGAGAGCUGUGCAGAGAUGGGCAGCCAUCUUACCAUACUGCACACCAUGGAACAGCAUGACGCUCUGGAGAAAGAAGCCAAGAACAUCGGUGGCUUCGAUUACCACUUCUGGAUCGGCCUGUCGGACAUCGAGAAGGAAGGAGACUGGAGAUGGGUGGACAACACAACUUUAAAGCAGAGAUACUGGGAUCAGUGGAGCUCAGAGCCAAAUAACCACCAGUCAGGUGGGGAACAUGGAGAGGACUGUGCCACCUUAGACAGCCACGCAAAGACAUGGUUUGAUGUUCCUUGUGAUCACAUUUAUAAACGGAUCUGCCAGAUGGAUGUGAUUCGGCUCGACUGAAUCCCCAAAAUGAAAAUACUGCAGAACUGGGAAGUCUGGAAACUACACAGGAAAAGAAACGUAAUAGCUCCAUGUUUGGGAUUACAGAAAAUAAAAUUAAAAUGUUUUUUUUUGUAAUAUACAAUGUAUAAACAGGAGAUGAUGCUUUUAUAUUGAAAAUCUGUACAUUGUGUUGAGAUACAACUUAACGGAGGGAAUUGUACCACUGCACACUUGUUCAAGGGAAAGUAUUACAUUAAAAAAUACAUUAUUGCACUGGUAAAUAUUUAUAAUAAAAUUGGACUGUGAUUGACGAAUAUAUCAGAUAGCACUUUGAUCAGAUAACAAUAACACUGGAGUGUGUCCUUUUACAAUUAAUUAGCCCAGUAGUCCCGUUUGCACAAAGACUAAAUAUAGUAUAGAAAAUGGCUGUACCUCAGAAACUACAGGGAGCACAAUGCAAGAUAUUUGGUAUCUAUGAACUCAUAACAAGUUGAAUAUCAAAAUAUAUGUACACAUAUGCAUUUAAUAAACACAAAUCCUGAUUUUGACUAUCAA